AUGGAAACUCUACCAAAAUCCAAAUCUUUGGUGCCUGCCCAACGAACAAAGGACCGUGAAUUCCUUGAAGCAAUGCACUCAAACGAAGCAUGCGCUACCACGCAUAUCGUUUCAGAUGCCAAUGACAUUGCCCUCAAGGCAGAUGGAAGUGUGGUGACCCACUCCACAUCGGCUAGCAUGCCCGAACGGUCGCCGCCGGUAACGGAUCCCGCUGGCGAAUAG